GAGCGCCGUUAAGUGACUACUUAAACGAACGCUUUAUUCUUCUCAGUUGCAUUUGGAAGGCAGACAAUUAGACAUAAGAAAUGAGAAGUACAACGCUCGCUUUCAUUGUAUUCCUGUUUACAUUUGACGCGUUCAGCGCCGCUGAUUUUGAGGAGAAGUCGGAGGAUGAUUUCUUAAGCGCCAGUGAACGUUGUUUCGAACGUGAACACUUGCCGUCCUCCUAUCAACGCCGUUUCGACAACUUUGAGUACCCGGACGAGGAGAUAGUGCAUCGGUAUGUGCAUUGCAUUUGGAAAAAAUUGGAAUUGUGGAACGAUCGCACCGGCUUUAAUGUGGAACAUAUAGCGGCGCUUUAUCGCGAUAAAGCGAAUACGGAAGUAUUGGUGCCGAUAUUGAGCGAUUGCAAUCGUAAUGCACAGAAUGAGUCGAAAUUGAAGUGGUGCUACGAUGCAUUCAAAUGUAUGCUAAACAGUCGUGUAGGUCAAUGGUUCAAAGAAGAUGUGGGACGUAAGUUACACGAUACAAAAAAAGCAAAUCAUGUGGACUGAGCUUUUGUUUAUGGAUUAUAUUCGGCUGUUGUAUGCCGUUGAAACUUGGAGAUAAGCUAAUGAACGUGUGUGCUUGUAUGUACAUAUAUAG